AUGAAGAUGCCAUCAAAUAAAACCAGUUGGUGUCCUGGAUUGUGUUGGUCCGUUGUGUGGCUGCUUAUCUGGUUCUUGGCUUGGCCAAUGGCUUUUGUGCUAGCCAUAGUUGAAGUGUUCAUCAUUCCUUUCUGUGUUUGCUUCGAGAAAGCCAAAACGGCGUGUGAAUUCAUCGAUAGGAUAUAUAAGGUUUUUGCAUUCGAUCCAAUAGAUAAUGCUAGAUAUAUGCGUCCAUUGUUGUAUAAUCCUGGUAUACCUGUUCCUUCUUCAGAUCCAGAUGCUCCACAAUUUGUUUGA